AUGGAGUCUGUCUCCAAAGCCAAGGCAAAUCUGGAGAAGAUGUGCCGCACUCUGGAAGACCAGCUGAGUGAGAUCAAAACAAAGGAGGAGCAAAAUCAGCGCAUGAUCAAUGACCUCAAUACUCAAAGAGCUCGUCUGCAGACAGAAUCGGGUGAAUAUUCACGCCAGGUGGAGGAAAAGGAUGCUCUGAUUUCUCAGUUAUCUAGGGGCAAGCAAGGAUUUACCCAACAGAUUGAGGAACUCAAGAGACACCUAGAGGAAGAAGUAAAGGCCAAGAACGCCCUGGCCCACGCCUUGCAGUCUGCUCGCCACGACUGUGACUUGCUCCGGGAACAAUAUGAGGAGGAGCAGGAAGCCAAAGGGGAGCUGCAGCGUGCCCUGUCCAAGGCCAACAGCGAAGUGGCCCAGUGGAGAACCAAAUACGAGACAGAUGCCAUUCAGCGUACGGAGGAGCUGGAGGAGGCCAAGAAGAAGCUGGCACAGCGCCUGCAGGAUGCAGAGGAACAUGUUGAAGCCGUCAAUGCCAAAUGUGCUUCUCUGGAAAAGACAAAGCAGAGGCUGCAGAAUGAAGUGGAGGACCUGAUGAUUGAUGUGGAGCGAUCCAAUGCUGCCUGCGCAGCUCUGGAUAAGAAGCAAAAGAACUUUGACAAGAUCCUGGCAGAGUGGAAGCAGAAGUAUGAGGAAACGCAGGCUGAGCUGGAAGCCUCCCAGAAGGAGUCUCGCUCUCUCAGCACGGAGCUGUUUAAGAUGAAGAAUGCCUAUGAGGAGUCCUUGGACCACCUGGAAACGCUGAAGCGUGAGAACAAGAACUUGCAACAGGAGAUUGCUGACCUCACGGAGCAGAUUGCUGAGGGAGGAAAGGCGAUUCAUGAGCUGGAGAAAGUCAAGAAACAGAUUGAGCAGGAGAAAUCUGAACUCCAAGCCUCCCUGGAGGAAGCUGAGGCCUCUCUGGAACAUGAAGAGGGGAAGAUCCUGCGCCUCCAACUUGAGCUCAACCAGGUGAAGUCAGAGAUUGACAGGAAGAUAGCAGAGAAAGAUGAGGAGAUUGACCAGCUGAAGAGAAACCACCUCCGAGUCGUGGAGUCCAUGCAGAGCACCCUGGAUGCUGAGAUCAGGAGCAGGAAGGAAGCCCUGCGGCUGAAGAAGAAGAUGGAGGGAGACCUGAAUGAAAUGGAGAUCCAGCUGAGCCAUGCCAACCGCGUGGCUGCAGAGUCACAAAAGAACCUGAGAAACACCCAGGCAGUGCUCAAGGAUACCCAGAUACACCUGGAUGAUGCUCUCAGGACACAGGAGGACCUGAAGGAGCAGGCGGCCAUGGUGGAACGCAGAGCAAACCUGCUGCAGGCUGAAAUCGAGGAGCUCCGGGCAGCCCUGGAGCAGACGGAGCGGUCGAGGAAAGUGGCUGAGCAGGAGCUGUUGGAUGCCACUGAACGUGUGCAGCUUCUCCACACCCAGAACACCAGCUUGAUCAACACCAAGAAGAAGCUGGAAACAGACAUCGUGCAAAUUCAGAGUGAAAUGGAGGAUACGAUCCAAGAAGCCCGCAAUGCCGAAGAGAAGGCCAAGAAGGCCAUAACAGACGCGGCCAUGAUGGCAGAAGAGCUGAAGAAGGAGCAGGACACCAGUGCUCACCUGGAGAGGAUGAAGAAGAACCUGGACCAGACAGUGAAGGACUUGCAGCACCGUCUGGAUGAAGCGGAACAGUUGGCUCUGAAGGGAGGCAAGAAGCAACUUCAGAAGCUGGAGGCCAGAGUGCGAGAGCUGGAAGGGGAGGUAGAUUCAGAGCAGAAGCGCAGCGCUGAAGCCGUGAAGGGUGUGCGCAAGUACGAGAGGAGGGUGAAGGAGCUGACCUACCAGUCUGAGGAAGACCGGAAGAAUAUUCUCAGACUGCAGGAUCUGGUGGACAAGCUGCAAACGAAGGUGAAAUCCUACAAGAGACAAGCUGAAGAGGCU